AUGACGUCUGGGCCUUUAUCCUCUUUUUUCAACGAGCAUCUUUCAAAAGUGUUCCCGGAGCGCCCCCUGCUGGCUCCUGCAGUGUUCCCGGAGCGCCCCCUGCUGGCUCUUGCAGUGUUACCGGAGCGCCCCCUGCUGGCUCCUGCAGUGUUCCCGGAGCGCCCCCUGCUGGCUCCUGCAGUACAGCCUCCACAGGAAGGAUCUGGGUGGUGUUGGAGACUGUCCGUGUCUCCCUCGGACAGCCUCCACAGGAAGGAUCUGGGUGUUGUUGGAGACUGUCGGCAUCUUUGGUGA